AGCCGUUUUGGCCCAAGCCUGUUUACUGCUCGAGGAGAGCUUCCUCACUCAAAGGGGAUUCCUUGCAGGCCUGGCUCACAUUGGCUGGGGCCUGAAGCCAUGGGCGGCGGCGCCAGUGCCAACAAGCAGCAAUCAGCGGGGGCCGCCGGCAUCGAGGCAGCCGUGCAGGCGUCCGACGAGUCCGAGCUGAAGGCGGCGCUGGGCGGGCUGGACGCGGAGGCCAAGGCCAAGCUCUUGGCCGCUCUGACCGCGGCGUCGGCGCCUGACCCGGACGAGGCGGCGAAGCAAGCCUGCUUGGAAGCCCUCAACAUGCAGGCGGACGCGGGGGAGGAGGCAAAGCAGGAAUGCUUGGCGGCCCUUUGGCUGCAGCGGCAGACCGCGUGAGGUCGACGGCAUUCAGGUGGUUUCAGCAGCGAUGCCCAGCACUGUACGGCGUCAGUGCUUCUAGGGUUGCAACAUUUUGUCAUCGCAGUUCUCCCCACUAUUCGGCGGUGGACAAAUUUCUGACAAGUUCGCCUAACAUCCGCCUGUAGGGUGACAUGCCCGACCUACGUCUUGCCCUCUCCUUCGGCAGGCCCUCUUGGAGGCCUCGUGUGCCGUCUUGGGCCAGCUUCGAGCCAACUUCGGCCAUCUUGGUGGGCUCCUGGCCCGUCUGACGCCGUCGGAAGCCGUUUGGGGGGCCUCUCUGGGCCGACUUGGGGCCCUCUUGGGGUGCUCCAGGGCCGUCUUUGAGGCCAUCUUGGGCGUCUUGGAGUGCUCUCUCAUAAGCGGCAGCCCCGGCGAGCUCCAAAGCGAGCGUGCGCCAGGCUUCUCGGGAGCAGAGGCCCCAGGCAUGGACAGGCUUUGCGCCUCCACGCCGGGCCGCUCCGCGCUGCGGCGCGACCCGUUCCCGCCUCAGACGCCUCCUCCUCCUCCUGAUCCUCUUCCUCUUCCUCCUCCUCCUCCUCCUCCUCCAUCUCCGCCCCGGGUCGUCACGGCGCGAGCGUGCCGUAGAGGCGCCUCCGCGUUGCCCCCCUGGCGGCCUGCUCCGCCGCGGCCGAGCACGGGCGGGCGGCGUGCCGCGGAGGGCGGCCCGCGGAGGGGCCACAGCGGGCGGCGCCGCCGCAGAACUGCCGCAGCCAGCAAAAGCUACCCUCGGCAUGCACCCGUGCAAAAUUGGGUAUUCCUUUGGAUUCUUCGCAGACGCACGAUGUGCGGCAGGGUGCUCACUCUUGCGUCAGAAGGGAGCGCGGGAGUGGAGUUCUGGCAGCACGCAGCGCCGGAAGUGCGGUAGGUGUUUUUCUCCCGAGUGAGAAUUGUCUAGGCAUCGCUCGGACGUGUGCAUUUUUCCUUCGGCGAAGACCAGCGAGGAGCAUCCUUUCUUUUCAAUAAUGGUCAAAACCAUUUCUAACGGAACGCUAGGGGGGACAUCCAAAGCCGUUGUCGCCGGCAUCUUCACUCGCCCGCCCGAACCAUGGACCCGCAUGAGAGAGGCAUUCGCGCCCGC